AUGAAUAAAAAACGAUAUUUACUUAGUAACACAUGUCCGUUCGAUUCAGUCGCAUUUAUUAUAACUAUAGCAUACACAGACAGCAAUUUAUACAAGGAAUUUGUUGAAGAACAAACAAAUACAGUUUUACGUUUUUGCAAGAAAUUGGCUUCAGGUGGUCCACGUCAUGAUAUAUAUAAAGAAAGAAUAAAUAUUCUUAAGGAAUUGUUUACAGAAGACCAAGGAGUUACUGAUGUUGCUUUGAUAAAUACAGAGUGUAAUGUUCUUUUUAUUUGUACGUCCUUACUAAAACACGUCCCAUCGGCUACUGAAUUUAUUAAUUGUCCUAACCUGAAAUGUGCAUCAACAAAAUAUGCAAGCCCAACAAUCAUUUUAAAGUUCAGUAAUAGAUUUAAAGAUCUAGAAAAUGAUUUGAAAACGUAUACAAAAGAAAAAGUUAAAGAGUGUUCAAAAUGCAAUGAUGUUAUGGCAAUAAGUAAGCGAGAAUUAGGCCAACAUUUAAUAAUCGAAACUGAUUCCUACUCAGAAAAUCGAACAUUUAUUUUGACAGAGUUUCCCACUGAAGUCAACGUUGAAGGCAAUCUGUGA